AGAAAGGGCAAAAUGACUGCUGACACGUCUACAUAAAUUUUUGUGUCUGUUUUUCAUCAUAUUAAUGCAAUAUUAAAUAUGCAAUUAUAAGCAUAUACAUAUAAACGAACUGGUCUUCUUCAUAAUGAAAUGACACAAUUGACAUAAUGUAUAAGUAUUAUAAUCCAAAUUUUCUCUUAUAUUAGUAUUUCAAAAACAUGCUAUAGGCUUGUUUAGGAUGGCAAUCGAGGUGUUAUUUUACCAUGUUUAAACUCAAAAUCAAUCACGAUCAACUUCAAGCACCCAGUACAGGCUUAAUUAUGAAUAGAUAUCAACAUAUCUUUUUUACUGAACCCUUCCUCUCCCAUACAGUGUUGUCGUAAGGCAACAACACGGAAACGAUCAAAAAUUCGAAAGACAAAAAAUUGGGAAGUAAUUAAAGGGCUGACUAAUGACGGCAUUUGCAUUGAAACAAUGUCUGUCGACGAGAGAGGCAUCUAGUCAUGAUCACCAUCCACAAACCGGACCAAUGGGCAUGUUUAAACGAGCUUUGAGGACUCGAAGGACCAAUGAUGAUUUAAAAGCAUUAAUUAAGAAACAACUUCAACUUCAAAAACAAAUUUUAAACAUUCUAAAUUAAGGCCUGUUUUGUAAGAAUAAUACGAAAGUUAAAGACUGCACAGAGCUUUACAAGAAAGGAGAAAGAAAAAGUGGUGUGUAUCAGAUUGAUCCUGAUGAUCAAGGGAGUUUCAAUGUAUAUUGCGACAUGAAGACAUCUGGUGGUGGUUGGACUGUUUUCCAACGUCGUCUUGAUGGUAGCAUUGAUUUCUAUAGAGGAUGGCAGGAUUACAAAAAUGGCUUUGGGAACUUGAAAACAGAAUUCUGGCUUGGAUUAGAUAAAAUAAACAGAUUAACGUCCUUAAGUCAAAACAAACUUCGCAUUGACAUGGAGGAUACAGCAGGCAAUACACAAUAUGCUGAAUAUAAUUUUUUCUCUGUUACAAGUGAGAAACUGAAAUACAAGUUAAGCCUUGGAACAUAUUCAGGAACAGCUGGUGAUUCGUUUAAAAGUUCCCACAAGGGAAUGGCCUUUACUACUAAAGACUCUGACAACGAUAAAGCUUCAGCAAAUUGUGCAGUUAUUUAUAAAGGCGCAUGGUGGUAUAGUAACUGUCAUGCUUCUAAUUUAAACGGGAUCUAUCAUCAUGGUAAACACUCUUCAUACGCUGAUGGUAUUAACUGGAGGGCAUGGAAAGGCUAUCACUAUUCCUUAAAAUCUACAUCCAUGAAAAUAAGGCCUCGUAAUUUUUUCUGAGGCAGUAAUCCUUUAAGAUGGAAAGAACAAUUUUCAGACUUGUUUUUACCUUAAUAUUUCUUAUUCUUAGUAUAUUUUAGUCCAAAUUUGAAAUUAGUUCAAGGAAAUUAGUUUUGAUUCGUUUACGUAGAUUUUCAUUAGAUGUUUGUUUGCAACAUAGCUAUUAUUUUGUUGUUUUUUUUUGUAGCAAAAUUUUUAAGAAAAAUCAUUUUCCUUAAA